CAUUGGUUUCUCUCCAAAAGAGCUUCGCGAAGAGUCAAUUGGAGAUUGAAGAAGUUCAAUUGCACUCUCCCGCUCUUUCUCCGUGGUCUUCGAGCUUAAAACACUAGUAGGCGAGAGGUCAAAGCAGACACGGGAGGUAACUUAGGAAACGCAUCGCAAGUCAGAAGAUUCAGCCUCAGUGAAAGAGGGAGAGAUUCUCUCUGAGGAAUUUAAUCGAACACCUUCUGUGCAGAGUGCUGCAAAGCAAACCUGGAAUCGAACGAAAAGAAAAGGAGAAAUAAAUAAAAGGAAAUUAAAUAAAAUUGAAGGUCCAAAAUUUAAUACAUUUCCCGCCUUUUUGGUCGUUGACCAGGUCAACAGAUGGGCCCACUAAGACAACUUUCUGACUGAUUUACGUAAAUAUGCAUAGACAGAGGUUUAUUUAUGUAAAUAUCAACUAAAUUUGGUUUAGGUUGGUCCGGUAAAUUCGAUACAUCACAGUUUUAAUUUGGUCCGGUUAAAUUUAUUUUGGUCCAAGGAGGUAAUAUAAUUAAACCAAACAUAAAUGCUUUCUUAGAAGCCAUCUGUUUACAUAAACCCUACAUACAAGAAUACUAUUAACUAGCAUCGUCAAUGGCGGAGUAUAUCAACCAUUGGAGAAUCGAGAAGUUUGAUCCGGCAUGGAAUCCAACCGGUAUGCUCGAAGUCAGCUCCUUCUCCAGACGCUAUCCUCAGUACAUAGAGACGUAUCUUCAGGCGUGUUGGCAAAGUGUCCAAUCCGCUCUCAAGGAGUACGGAGUCUCCUGCAAGCUCAACGUAGUUGAAGGUACUAUGACUGUUUCGACGACCAAGAAGACGAGAGAUCCUUACAUCGUUGUCAAAGCUAGGGAUUUGCUUAGGCUUCUCUCCAGAAGUGUCCCUGCUCCUCAGGCAAUUAAGAUUCUGAAAGAUGAUAUGAGUUAUGAUAUUAUCAAUAUCCGAAAAAUGGUUCGUAAAAAGGAAAGAUUUGUUAGAAGAAGGCAGCGGCUUGUGGGUCCUGGUUUUUCUACAUUGAAGGCGCUGGAAACAUUAACCAACUGUUCCAUUCUAGUUCAGGGAAAUACAGUAGCCGCGAUGGGUUCUUUUAAAGCUCUCAGAAAACUCAGAAGGAUUGUGGGAUACAUAGAGAGUACUACUUGGGAUCCUUUGACAAUUAUAAAUGCUGAAUAUAAUAGGUUUUAGUACCUCUCUGUCGUGUAAUGUUUAGAACUCCAUCCAGAGGUUUUUAUCUCAACCGGAAAGGAUCCAUAGUCAUUGUGUCAGAGUUUCCGGUUUGAGUGACCGCUUUGACGAAACUAAUAUUAUAUGUUGUGAUUUCGAGUCUAAAGGGAUUACAAGUUUCGGCCCUGAACCUCUUGAUGUAAAAAAAUAAAAAAGUUGUUGAAAACUCUUUGUUUUUGUUUUAACUUUCAAACAUAUCUUUGUCUUAAAAACUGGUUAUAGUGUUUUUGAUAUGGCUAAUGAUUAUACAUAUAUUAAACUGAGUAAGGUCGAUAAUAACGAGUCACAAGAGUCCCAUACUCAACACGUAACUCAUCUUACAAAACAAUUGACAAACCAUAUAAAAAAAAAGGAAGAACCAACUCAAAAACAUUAUAUAAAA